AUGGCACCAUCAGGAAGAAAAUCCACAGGAAAAACAACCAAACUAGCACAGGAAGAUUCAACUGUACAUGUCUAUAACUUUGAAGAUGACCCAAAAAAACAUCUGAGUGGUUCUGAAGAGGACAUUAGAGAAGAUGAAGCUCCAGUGAUUGAUAAACAUGGGAAGAAAAGAUCUUCAGUAACUCCUCAUGCAGGAGUUGAGGAUGAUGUUGGGGGAGAAGUACAGAAUAUGCUGGAACGAUUUGGAGCGGACAUUAACAAAGCUCUUCUGGCUAAAAGGAAAAGAUUAGAAAUGUAUACAAAGGCUUCUCUUAAAACAAGCAACCAGAAAAUAGAAUUUGUUUGGAAAACGCAACAGGAACAAAGGCAAAAGGUUAACCACGAGUAUUCUCAGCAGUUCCUGCAUGUAUUUCAACAAUGGGAUGCCGAUAUACAGAAAGCAGAGGAACAGGAAGAGAAGCUAGCGAAUGUAUUUCGACAACAACAGAAAGCUUUCCAGCAAGCAAGAAUAGUUCAAAGUCAGAGGCUGAAAACAAUUAAGCAGCUGUAUGAACAGUUUAUAAAGAGUAUGGAAGACAUGGAAAGGACUCAUGAAAGUCUUUUAGCAGGGGCACAAAGUGAACUUCGCAAAGAAAUGGCUAUGUUGCAGAAAAAAAUAAUGAUGGACACACAACAGCAAGAGAUGGCAACUGUUCGCAAAUCUCUUCAGUCCAUGUUAUUCUGAUGGUUCAGUGGAGAAAUAACUUGUACCUAAGUAACAUGAUACAAUUAUACACAUUAGCCAUCGUGGGGGGAAAAAAGCAACUGUUUUACAUUCCAUGUUAAAAAUUACAUGUGUCUGAAUAGUUCUUCAUUGUUAACAACAGAGAAAUCAACAAGUAAUAGAAGCAAUUACUGUUUUUUCAUUUUCACAAUAUUAUGGUUCUUUAAUCUUAACAUAUCUGCACAAUUUUCCUUCAUUUUUGAAUUACAAAUAUAAAUGCCUGGGUUAUGAUAGUAUUUGUAAACUUCAAAAUACCUAUAGACUGAUCCUUAGUUAAGCACAGUAGUACUUAGAAGUCUAUUAGUAGAAUUGGAAUUUCAAGUCAAAAUGAAAAGUUCCUAAAAACUAGGGGGGAAAAGCAUUAUCACACACAUUAAGAGUAAAGUGCUUUAACAUGAGAUUUGAACAAUACUGUUUACAAAUUCCUUACUAUCAUAAAAUACAAUAUAUGUUUUCUAGAUUUAGUACUGUAGUAAUCUGAAACUAGUAAUAAGUGGUAUGAUGUACUUUUUGCAUUGUGGGCUAAUAAAUUGUUUUGGAAAUACUAGUUUAUCUAAUUAAAUUAAAAACUCUUAAAUUAAAGUACCAAUGCAGUGAUUAUUGAAUAAAGCUUUAUAGAGUAAGAAAGCACUAUUCCCAACUGAAAUGUUUUUUACCAUCAUCUGAAAUAUCAAAGGCUUGAUUCAGUGAGCUUAUAAAUAAAAAUUUUUAAAAGUAAUUUACAUUUCAAACAUUACAGAUGCAGUAUUUUCAUGGUUAUGGAAUAUUGCAGUUAAAGCAAUUUAGAAUUACUGAUGAAAUGCAUUUGACUUUUGAGUCUGAUUUCUUUAAAAAAAAAAUUAAGUACUAUAUUUCUUCCUUUUUCACAGAAAUUUGCUUGAAAUAUUUAAUUAUAUUUAAAUAUAAAGGUUUUAAUUACCAUAAUGCCAUUCCAUUAAUUAAUGGUUUUCUAUAUAGAAUUCACCGUUAUGGUUGCAUAAUGCAAAUCUUUCAAACUGGAUUUGCAAAUGUUAUUUUUAUAUAGAUCAGCUUAUGGGGCUUUUUUUACACCACCUAUUUAAAAUUCAAGGUAAUAGAUUAUUCUUAUAAUUAUAUUGGAUUUUCUAAUUAAUAAAGAAGCCUAGGCAGAUUUCACAUAUUAAAUUUCUAGGGAGAAGUCAUUAUGUUUCAAUGAAAUAAUUUCUGCUAAUAUUUAAAUAUUUACACAUUACGUUUUUAGCCUAUAUGCCAGUGUGACAUAGUAGAAUUAACCAAUUCAUUCCAUUUAAUAUUUAUGGUCCAAUUCACACACAAGAUCUUAACUGAACAUUUGAAAUCAGUCUUUAACAUGAUUUCAUUAGCAUUUAUAAAUGUUAACACAUGAUUAAACAGAUGAUCAAGGUUGGAUAAAGUUGCCAGCACCUCAAAGUUCAUGACAGCAAUUUUUCCAUAAGAAAAUAUUUCUAGAGGGAUGUUAUAAUAAUUAGUGAUGCAUGUUAGAAUUCGUUAUUUAAUAGAUAAGCUCUGGUCACCUUGGAGUGAUUCCUUAAUGGAACUGUGCCACAGAAACCAGCAAUAAAAUCAGAGAACAAUAUUUAAAAAAAUAAACUAUCCUGACAGUGCCUACAACUGCUUUUAUUAUGAAAUGUUAAAGCUAAGAUGAAACAUGUUUUUUAAAAUCAAGCAUGAUUUCUGUUAAAUGUGUUCAGUCAUAGCUCCUACUAACAUUAUUUGUGCUUCUCAUAACCUAAGAAUAGUUUUUGAACGAUAAGGUCAUAAAUUAACAAAGUUAAUGCCUCAGUGUUACAUGAAGACACAGUCAUCUAACAAUACAAAGAAAAGAACUGGUUGUAGAUUUUUUUAGUGACAUAAAAGUUCAAAGGAAAAGGAAAAGCACAUAUUGCUUGCUAUGCAAAAUAUAUUCUAAAUACAAAUGUUAAUGUCUAUAUCAUACCAAAAAGUACAGGUAUAUAAUCCCAAUGUAUUUAUAACACAUUUUUGUAAAUGAAAAUAGAAUUUUUGUUGCUUUAAAUGUAGUGGACCAGAUUAUAUUAUGUU